CUCUCGCGCCGCGGCAGCAGCAGACGCUCGGUGCUCCUCUCAGUGUGCGGAGCGGAGGAGGAGGAGGAAGGACCGACGGGGCCACACGCUGUAGUUCUGCCUCAGCUUCCUCGCAGCGUUUCCAAUCUUUCUCCCUCCUCUCUUCCUGACUUCUCUUGACUUCGCUCCUGAGCUUCGGAGAAACUCACAAGAAGAGACGGCCGCGCAUCCUCGUGCGCUUUUGCGCAUUCCACAGGGAUCUAUUUAAAAGGUGAUUUUUUUUUUUUUGUUUGUUUAUGUGUGGACGCUUCGGUUCUGAGCGUGGAGCGGCUGAGUGGGAGACUCUCUCAGCGCGUCUCCCCCUGUGAGUGUGUUCUGGGAGAGGGCGCUGAAUGAGACAGAGCGACCUGUCAGGGAGAAGGAGGGCUGCAGUGAGCUGCUGAAAAUGUGCCAGCUCCACCAGCUAUGAAGGAUUCUCUAAAUUUUCGCUUUUUCUUUAUUUUUUGUUCAAAGGACUGAUUUUCUUCUUUUUUUUCCCUUUCCUUAACUAAUUUCUUUGGAGUUCCAACUGAAGGUCAGUGGAGAGAGUUGCGCCAUCCCAGUGCGUCAUGAUCCCAUUUUAAUAGCAAAUAUCGGCGGUGCGCCUUUUUCACUGCGGGCCCGUGUGUGUGUGAACGUGUGUGUGUGCAUUUGUGUGUGUAUGAGCGCUCCUACCUCCUUUUCCUCCACUCUCUCGCCUGUGUGAACCCACUCCCUCCCCUUUUGCAUCCAAUGCUCAGGCUGCGAAGUUCAAUGCUGGAUCUAUAUUUUUGGCUGUAAACAUGCUGAGCGGCGUCCUGUUUCUGAGCGUCCUCACCGUCACCAGCCUGACACCGUCCGAAACGCAAAGCCGCAAAACUUCAGCCCUCAAAGACAUCUGUAAGACACGCUGUGACUGCGAGGAGCGUGAGAACAUACUGAACAUCAACUGUGAGAAUAAGGGAUUUACCACAGUCAACCAGUUACAGGCGCCCCCAAAUAAAAUCUCGCAGCUCUUUCUGAAUGCAAACUUCCUGUCAAGGCUCAGCGCCAAUGAGUUUGUCAGUUAUGGCAAUGUCACCUCACUGCAUCUGGGAAAUAAUGGUUUGCAGGAAAUUCAAACAGGAACUUUUAACGGACUACGCUUCCUCAAGCGGCUCCACCUGAACAAUAACAACCUGGAAGCGAUUAAAGAGGACACAUUUGCAGGACUGGAGAGUUUGGAAUAUUUACAGGCGGACUAUAAUUACAUCAGCACCAUAGAGCCUGGCGCUUUCAGCAAGCUGAACAAGCUCAAAGUGUUGAUCCUCAACGACAACCUGCUGUUGGCUCUGCCUCCAAACAUUUUCCGCUUUGUGCUCCUCACCCAUCUGGAUUUACGUGGCAAUCGUCUCAAGAUGCUGCCGUUUGCUGGGGUGCUGGAGCACAUUGGCGGUAUCAUGGAGAUCCAGCUGGAGGAGAACCCGUGGAACUGCACCUGUGACCUGAUCCCUCUAAAGUCCUGGUUGGACACCAUCUCUGUCUUUGUGGGGGACAUUGUGUGUGAGACGCCAUUCAGACUGCACGGGAAGGACAUCACACAGCUCAUAAAACAGGACCUGUGCCCACGCAGGAACGCUGGGGAAAGGGCUCAGUCUGCCUCAGACUCUCACUUCCAAGGGGCCCCACACCCGACCUACCACGCUGAUGUUGUCACCCCCACCCGCUCCCCCAAAGCUUCCCGGCCCCCCAAAAUGCGCUACAGGCCCACUCCUCGCCUUUCCAAAGACAGGCACGUCUUUGGACCCAUAAUGGUCUACCAAACUCGUUCUCCUGUUCCCAUGCUGUGUCCCAGCGUGUGUGUUUGCACAUCACAAAACCCAGACAGUGGCUUAAACAUCAACUGUCAAGAGCGAAAACUACAGAACAUCAGUGAACUGAACCCCAAGCCCACCUACCCCAGGAAACUCCAUCUGACCGGGAACUACCUGCAGAUGAUUUACAGAAUGGAUCUGACUGAGUACAGCUCCCUGGAGCUGCUCCAUUUAGGGAAUAACAGAAUUGCAGUGAUUCAGGAAGGUGCGUUUGAAAACCUGACAAACCUUAGGCGUCUCUACCUGAAUGGGAAUUACAUAGAGUCACUCUCUCAGUCUCUGUUUGCUGGUCUGCAGUCUCUGCAGUAUCUGUAUCUGGAAUAUAACAUCAUAAAAGAGAUUCUACCACAGACAUUUAACUCACUGCACAACCUUCAGCUGCUUUUCCUUAAUAACAACCUGUUAAGAUCUCUCCCUGACAAUGUUUUUGGGGGCACCAUGCUGACCCGACUCAACCUGAGGAACAAUCAUUUCUCUUACCUUCCGGUUCAUGGUGUUCUGGACCAGCUGUCGGCAUUCAUCCAGAUCGACCUGCAGGAGAACCCCUGGGACUGCACCUGCAACAUUGUGGCACUGAAGAACUGGAUGGAGCUAUCCAGUACUAGUGUGGUGGUCAAUGAAAUCACCUGCGAUUCACCCUCGAAGCACGCAGGUCGACUACUGCGCUCACUGCGCAAUGAGGCUAUCUGCCCCGAGCCCAGCGAGCCACCUCCACCACAACUGCCCCCUCCAACAAAAGCCCCAACAGUAAUAAGUCCCAGCACUGAAGCCAGCACCCCACCUUCUCCCUCCCCUUCCCCUUCAUUUAGCUCAGUGAGCCCAACAGAUUCCUACAUCCACACCCCUGAAUUACACCCUGAGGUCCCCCUCUCAGUCCUGAUCCUCGGCCUCCUUGUGGUUUUCAUCUUGUCGGUCUGCUUUGGAGCAGGUCUCUUUGUUUUUGUUCUGAAGCGGCGCAAAGGGGUGGAGCAUGUCCCCACAGGCGCUAACAAUCUAGAUCUCAACUCUUUCCAAGUGCAGUACGGCUCAUACACCCCGGAGCCAACCCAUGACAAGAGCUCCGAGAGCCACGUUUACAACUACAUCCCUCCACCUGUGGGCUCCAUGUGCCAAAACCCCAUUUACAUGCAGAAAGAUGGUGAACAGGUGACUUAUUACCGAAACUUGAAGGAGCUCAGCUUUGGGCCCCUGGACGCAAAGAAGGAUGACAGCUUGACCCGCAGCCCAGGGGCCUACACAAUCAGCACAGUGGACUUUAUGGAUAAAUCAUCAACAUGUGGUCUGACUAACCCAGAGCCUCCAGAAAUGCUCUACCAAAACAUUGGGGAGAGGCCCAACAAGGAGCUCCCAACAGCAGCGGGCGUCCCUCCCUUCACGUACAACUUUUGCACGCUGCCUAAAAGACCCUGCAUUGUGCCUCCCUACGAGGCCGCCACGGCCCGGCGGUACGUGACCAAUCAAGACAGGUUGAACAAAACUGUGCUGUACGGCACUCCAAGGAAAUACUUUGGGCCGGAGCACGUCUCCAAAAACAAUGAGCACCCUUCACUGCUGCUCCCUGGGAAGCUAAAAAAGGAACCGGACUACCUGGAGGUUCUGGAAAAACAGACUGCGAUGAGCCAACUGUAAGAUAACGACAAUGGUCUACUCCAGGUUCUGUGCAGCAUUCAUCAUAACCACACAGUUACUGUCAUAAUAGCCCUCUCUAUAUAUCUACCUUAUCUAUCGGUGUUCAAUCCCACGUCAAGGACUGGAGGUGAACUGAAGCUCUUCAUCGUCUCUUUUCUCUCUUGCUUUUCUUCUUUUUUGUCUUUUCAAACUGUAUAAAAGGAAUAUAAGAAGUAUAUUAUUAUGCAGUUCUAUUUUCCUCCUGAAAAAGUAUAAAUUAUUUCGUUUUAUUUCUAAAAAAAAAGAAAUAUUCUAAAAGACUUGGAUUACAGCAGGUAUGUAAAGGACUGGACUGUGUACAAUAUGGCCGUGUGCUUUCAGUGAUUUGAUAAUGCCUCUGACAGAGCAUAGCAAGUCCUCAAUGUUUGUAUGAGAAGAUACGCUACAGAUUGACAUUCCUGUACAUAUGUAGCCCAUGCAGAUGAACGGUGAGUGUUCAGACGUCAAGGAAAAGCUUUCUAAAAAACCUAACAAGCGGCAAAUCUUUAUCUCUAUUAUUCAGGAAGUGCCUUUGCACUCAUCUAUUUUAUCAACAAUGCUCUCUGCAAAAUGAAAAUGUUAAUUCUUUUUGAAAGUGGUGUAUUUUAAUGAAUCAAACCUUUAUGUAUAAUAGAAGAUUUAUUUGUCCGUUAAAAAAAAGAAAGAAAAUAGAAUGAACUUAAAAAUGAACUGAGGCUGGGUGUGAAACAAUAUCUAAUUAGUUCUUGAUGAGAGAGAACCAUGUUUUUUUUUUGCUUUGGUUAUGAAGUGUCUUUGGAAAUGUACUGCUGACAGAGAACAUUGUAUGCUGUAGAGGAGCAAUACAGUCCGGCAAGAUUACGCCAUUAAAUUUUCACUGAAGCACUUUGUCAAGA